GAUAUCUGGUCUACUUUCCAUGCUGGGAUUCCUCGCCAUCGUGGCGGUCUUCAUGAUCUGUGUGUUCUGCCCGCACCCUGCUAUCGAGGGCCGCGUUGCCCCCGAAGCAUUGCGCUAUGCCGACAGUGGUGCUCUUGAAGUGAAACCAGGACUACAGGAGGAUGCCUGUGCACUGCGCGUUGCAGCUGUAGCUAUGGUAGACGGCGCAGCAAGCAG